CGUGACCUCGUCGCCUUGUCGGCUUGGUCUUCCUACUCUUCCAACUUCCAUUCCAAGCAAUUUCAAUUUCCAAUUGCAUUUCAUUAUUCAACGUCGAAAACUGUUGUCUUCAUGCCAGAAUUGCUUUUCUGUCCAAAUGAAGUCCUAAAUAUGAUAUUUAAGUCCUUUACUUGAUCCCUGAUUUGAAGAAUAUUUCAAUUACUUGUCAUUGGCUCAUCGCAUCUGCCAAAUGAUAAAAAUAAAAAACCCAAAUAAUUAACGACCAUUAACGUUUGUGGAGCACAGCCUAUUUAAAAGCUUAAAGCAUGCAAACAGUUGUUCAAGAUCUAAGAAAUACUUGUAGCGGUAUGUUUGCUUUGUGUUGGUACUAUCCAGUUGGAAAUAUUCAUGAAUUCAUCUAGCUACAAUCGGAAAAUUGCCUGUUGAUGAAUACCCCAUCACCCCCUGAAUUUGUUGAAGACAAACUUACCAGACAGAUAUUUCACCAAGAAGUGAUAGAAUAUAACCAUGUGCUUCUAUUAAAAAAUCAAAGAAAUUGCCAAGAUGUUUGAUGAUUUACAAGAUAUCUCAAAAAUAUCUCAAAUUUCAUUUACAGAAAUUGCACCUCAAGACUUAUUUGAAAAUGGCUGAUUUGGUUUGUUUAUGUAAGUCAAAUUUUGAGCAAACACUUGACAAAAUCAGGCAAAACAUCAGCAUGGUGACAUGGCAUCAGAUUUGUUUCAAGAAAAAGAAAAAUGUUGAAUGUGCUGAAGCUAAUAAUGAUACAGCUACAAAUGUAGGCUACAUCUGAUUGCAUUCAUUUUUUUUUUCAUGAAAUGAAGUUCUCCGAUGAGUAAAAUUAGGGGUACAUUGAAAAUUUAGUAAUUGACAAAGAUAACUAAGAAGAGAAAAAGAUUACCAGACCAGACAAAGGAGCUUUUGUCUUUAAGAUAAAAAUAUUUAGCAUCUUCAUGAUGGAAGUGUUUUCCUUGGCCAUCAAAGCCAGUCAAAGUUGAGGUGCUGUAGGAUCGGAAGCCCAACAGGAAAAUGAACCAGCAUCGGAGAGAUAAAUCUAACCAGAAACGGAAAAAAAGAUCACCAAAAAACUUGCAUUGCAUUGUGCAUUUUUUAGACCAAACUGCUUUGCUUUUUCGAUGCAAUGGGAAAGAUAAUGGAAAGUGCUUGAUGGAUCAGGUGAUCCAACGUUUUGGCCUUCGUGAACCCCAGUAUUUUGGACUCUCCUUUCCUGCUGACCAUUUAAUAGGCUGUUGCUGGUUAGAGUUUGAAAAAACUCUAUCUCAUCAAUUUAAAUGUUCAACUGGUCAGAUCCAUCUCAAUUUUGAAGUAAAAUAUUAUGUUGAGAACCCCAGUCAGCUGCUUGAUGAGCAGACUCGAUGGCUUUUUUUCCUGCAGACUUGGAAAAAAGUUGUUAAUGGUUCCUUACCUACUAGCCCUCAAACUUGCUGCCUUUUGACAAGUUACUAUCUUCAAGCUACAUUUGGUCCUAUCAGCUCCGAAGGUGAAGAUCUUAUUAACAUCUCCAACUUAGAGAGUGUUCCUAGUGUUGUUAAAGAAAAUACUCCCGUCAUCUUGGAACUUCGUGGAUUGUUAAAAGAGCAGUCCAUCGAAAGAGCCCAGACAAAUUUUCUCGAUCACGUGAGAAGAGUUGAAUUAUACGGAGUUGAUUUACAUCCCGUUAAGGACGGUAAAGGCAAGUUGAUUCAGCUGGGAAUUUCUGGCCGUAACUUGUCAAUUUAUCGAUCCAGCAAUAAUGUACGAAUCAAUUCGUUCGCCUGGUGCAAGAUACUCCGACUCUUUUACAAAAAGAAACGUUUCUUUAUUCAACUCCAACACGAAAAGUUUGAAGAGUACGACACAGUGGUAGGAUUCAUCCUGCCUACUAAGAGAGCUGCUAAACUCUUGUGGAAAAACUGCAUCGAGCAACAUUCCUUUUUUCGCUUGGGCUGUCGACAAGUGGAUCCAAAACAAGUCACUAAAGGCGUCUGGCCCGUCUUACGCAAGCUGUUUACUGUUCAAUCCUGCUACAAUGUCAGAGAGCCCUCGACAAAAGUGGCUGUUGACCGUCGUUCCAUCACUUACCGACGAUACGAUCAUCUUCACAAAGUCCAGUCGACCACUGAAGGGACUUCUCCGCGCCCAGCUUGGUCUAGCAGCUUACCGGGCAGCUUGGAUGACGACGAUGCUAAAAGUGGAAUGAAAGAAGCGAUUGCGUCCUCUGGGAAUGAUAGCCCGUCUAUUUCACCCGUUUCAACUGCGGCAUUCAUCCCGAACGGACUGCAAAGCUUUGAGUAUGCGGACGAGGAUUCUCAACCGGAUCUACGCCUUCCACUCUAUUUGUCAGAUAAUUCUCCAUCAGUUUCUUGUUCUCGACAUUCGACCGAUCAAUUUGACGUCCGACUCAAAGCCGAUGCUUCAGGCGUUUUUGGUUUUAAUUUGCGCUUCGAAAAGGAACGAUCCAGUGCCCGUCUGUCUCGUCUUUUACCUAAUAGCUCAGCGGACAUGAGCUAUCCUCCUAUGCAUGUCGGUGACGAGUUGGUGGCCGUCGAGGGCCACCCAGUUGAAUGUCUAACUCAGGCCGAAUUGAUGGAAUUAUUCCGAGCGGCCAGGCAAUCUUCUUUGACUUUAUCACUUCGUCGAGCCGGUUACUGUUGGAACGAACAGGACGAAGACCCUCCCGUGCAAUACAUUUUGGAGUCAACAGAGAUGUCUUCCAAAGAAAGCGUAGCUGCUAUUGCAGAUGGUUUGCGUACCGGCCGUAUCCUGUCACAUUUUGAUCUUUUGCCUCGAACACGUCCAGAACUUUCGUCCAGCGUUGCUCGUCGUGACGAAAACAUUCAAAAGAAUCGAUACGGGGACAUUUUUCCAUACGAUUGUAACCGAGUUGUGCUCUCGUCUUGUCAAGACGAAGAUUACAUCAACGCCAGUUACGUCAAUAUUCCCCUGCCGGGUGAGAACAAAACACUCCGUUAUAUUGCUACUCAAGGGCCUCUUCCACACACUGUGGAAGAUUUUUGGUUACUUGUGUGGCAGGAGGAAAUCCGAACUGUUGCCAUGGUGACACCAGAAACGGAACGCGGCCGAGUCAAGUGCCAUCGUUAUUGGCCAGAAUUGGAUGAAAUCGUUCGAGUGGGAUCAUUGGUAAUUAAUUGCCAAGCAAAGCUGGACCAUUUGGGUCCAUUUAUUCACCGUGAAUUCCUUGUAGCCGAUGAGCAGACGGGAGAAAUGCGAGCCAUCUCGCAUUGUCAGUAUUUGGAAUGGCCUGAUCACGGUGCUCCCGUUUUAGCUUCUCAAUUUCUAGAAUACGUUCGUCACAUUCAGAAACUUGGCAAUAAUGAAGAAGAGAACGUGGUGUUGGUACACUGUUCGGCCGGAAUCGGACGUACGGGAGCGUUUAUCCUGCUAGAUUCUGUUUUACGGCUCGUGGAAAGCGAUUGCCCCAUCAAUCCUAUACAUUUAAUAAAGAUGAUGCGGGAUCAGAGACCUAUGAUGCUGCAAACUUCAAUUCAGUUCCAGUACGUUUGCGAGUGCAUCAUCGAGAGUUUGCAAGGUUGAAGUACGUGUCUACCGGGAAAUUAUUAUUCAGUCUAUAAGAAUCCCAAAAUGACUGGGAAACUAAGUUUAAAAAAAAAAGAAGGCACUAGUCAAGAAGAGCUGCAUCUACCAUCUAUUCAUCAAUUGAUGGAUUUGGCUGAAUCUCAGCACGAGGCAACUCAAUCCAAAGAUAUUUUCAUUUUUAUACAUUCUAACACAAAUCGCUUUGUUCACUGCUACCAAAAAAUUAACUAACUAAUUUUUCUUCCAUCGCAUAUUUGCCAAUGGAUUAUUUGAAAAAGAAACUCACAUUUUAUAGCUACAAGUACUAGAUCUUCCACCAUUUUGUGUUCCCAAUCGAACAAAAUACAUUUCGUUUUUUAUUCUA